AUGAUGGUAUUUUCCAAUAUUUAUUUCGUUUGGAUAAUUGGUUUGUAUAUGUAUACGAAUAAUAUUAUAGCGCAAGUGAUUAGCAUCCAAAAUAAGACUGAACCCAUUGGUUGUGGCGCUUAUCAGAAUGUCAAUCAUACUAAGUCUUAUUAUCUUGUUUUACCUAACUCAGAAGUUAGAUUUUCAUCAUGUAAUCCCAAUCAGAAAAGCUUCCACACGUAUUGGGCCGUACUCCAAGAUCUGUGCAACAAAGGACCGAGAAUGUCUUUCUUUGCGACUGUCGGUAAAAGUGGAACUUCGAAGUGCUCCGAAAUAUCUGAUUUAAUUGUAAACAAGACAUCAUGUGCGAAUGACUACGAUGUUGGUAAUGAUUCAUUGGUGAUUAAAAAUAUAAGUUACUCGGUGAAAGAAGAUUAUAUUUGUUUUUAUGGGGAAAAUAGAGACAACGUAAAUUUGACUCUUGCUGUUAGCUACUCUAUUGAAAUAUCAAACAUUUCGUCGUCGACAAUAGCAACUGAAUUAACUGCAGAAUCUUUAGGGGCCACUACAGAAGCAACCUCUUCCAUCACAAUCAUGUCAACGGAUGCUGCCAUGUCCAGCACUCUGAAAAACUCAGAUGCCUACUCAUUCGAUCAAGACAAUUCAAAAACAGAUUCUUCACUAUAUGGUCAAUAUGAUGCUGGCCAUUCAAUGAAUUUGACUAAGCUCGAUACUGAUGCUGGCUAUGCUGUAUGGCGACCUGUAGCGCAAAGAGAUAUCUUCUAA